CAAGCCGGUGACAGCUCGGUCACGUGGUUUGCGGACCGAUGACGACACCAUGUAGUGGGGCUGACUUUGCUGUAGUUCACUUUUCUUCUUCCUAAUCCUGCGCAUCCCGACAGCGGACGGCAGAGACGGAUCGGGGUCGACAUGUCCCAUCAGACUGGAAUACGAGCUUCUGUGGAAGUGAGAAAUCUGUUUGCAAAAGCGAAGAAUGGAAACUAUCGACUCCUAAAGAUAGUGAUUGAGAAUGAGCAGCUUGUGAUGAGCGUCACCCAUAAUGCAACACGAAAGUGGGACCAAGAGUACGACUCGCUCGUGCUGCCUGUGCUGCAAGACGACAUGCCUGCCUAUGUCUUGUACCGCCUGGAUUCCACCAGCAGUCACGGCUAUGAGUGGAUCCUCCUGGCUUGGUCACCUGACCAAUCAUCUGUGCGUCAGAAGAUGUUAUACGCUGCGACACGGGAAACGCUGAAGAAGGAGUUUGGCAGCGUCCAUAUUAAGGAUGAGAUUUUUGGCACCGCGAGGGAUGAUGUGUCUCUCAGCGGCUAUAGGAAGUACCUGAGUUCCCAGGCCGGCCCCUUGCCCCUGACGGCUGCUGAGGAGAUGCUCAAGCAGAUCAGGCUUAAUGAGAUGGACAUCAGCCUGAAGGGCAAACAGCAGACGCUGCAGGGCGUGGCCUUUCCCGUCCACCAGGAUGCCACCCGCGCUCUAGAGAAGUUCCGAGAGAAGAAGCUGACCUAUGUUCAGCUGGUGAGUCUCCCCCCCCCCCCCCCUGCCCCCCACCACUCUGGGCAGUGCCAUACCAAACUCCACCCUGCGCCCUUACUGGCCUCUGUGUGUCACAUGAUCACGCUGCAGGUGCGGACCCACAUUGGCCUGAGUUGGAGGCUCCGUUGCUCCAUGCUGUGCUACAACACUAUCGCAUGGUGCAAAGAGUAA